AUGGUUGUCCACAGAUACUUGAACCUUGAGAGGUGCAAUAUUAAGAUUGCUGAGUUUGGGCUCGGUCUGCGUGAUGGUCAUUUUCUGAAGCUGUGGAAGCCCCAACUACACUGCUCCCAAGGAAAAUUAUAUGUUGGACCUGAAGUAGAUCUAUGGAGUUGCAGAGUUAUAUUUUUGAUUGAUAGAAAGAGAGGGAGACUAGAGACUAUGAUGUUUCAACAAGAGUAUCCAUAUGGCUUCUCACUCAUGGAAACAUCAUCAAGCUACAAAGUCUUAGCAGAGCAACAACCUAUUUCAACGGACAACUUAUAUUCUCUACGAGCACGAGGUGGUUUCAGUGAAGAACCGCCGCUGAAAAAGAGGAAGAGGAGGAGAACGUGA